GGAGGGCGAGGAGUGGAGCAGGAGGGCCAUAGAGAGGGACCAAAUGGCAGGACAGGCUGCUGGCCAGCCAGCAGCCAUGGAACCCUGGGCUGUGCCCAGACCCUGGUGUCUGAGGCCCCGCCGGCCACCCCCUCACCCCCGGCUCUGCCGAGGCCCAGGACCCCGUGCUCUGGGGCAGACUCCCGGCGUCACAGCCCAACCACGCGACGUAGAUCUCGAGGCAGGUGAGGUGGGCCGCCACUCCCCUGUAUGCCUUCCGCAGGAUGCUGCAGCCAGAGAGUCCCCAGGUCUCUGAGGAGGGGACCGCUGCCAGCUCCCGGCGGGGAGACUGCAUCAUCUGCUACUCAGCCUACGACCUCACCGGGCACCUGCCACGCAGACUCUACUGUGGCCACACCUUCUGCCAGGCGUGCGUGAGGCAGCUUGACGCUCCGGCCCACGAGCAGCGCUGGAUCCCCUGCCCCCAGUGCCGCCAGAGCACCCCCACACCCCGUGGAGGGGUGGCCAUGCUGGACCUCGACCUGGCCGCCUUCCUGGCUGUGAAGGCUGAGUGGGAGCUGUCCCGUGAGGAGCCCCGGGUACCCCCCAAAGGCAGCACUGCCAUCACUCAGCAGCCAACCAGGCUCUGUCCCUCCCUGGGCACCCAGCCCCACUUCCCCUCAUCCUGGCGCUGCUGCGGUGGCUGCAGGAGCCUCUGCUGGGGUGCCCCUGGCAGUCCUGAGGUCUGAGUCCUGCCCAUAGGACUGCGGCCCACAGCGUGCCCGCCUGGGAACCUCGAACUGUGGCACCACCAGCCCCACAAAGCCAGGGGACCGAGCAUCCUGCGGGCUGCCCUACACGGACCCCCCAGACUGCAGUCUAAGUGAGGGGCUAUGCCCACAGUACUGUGAGGCUCUGGGAGAAGAGGGUGGCCUCCUGCUUAUCUUGGCCAGGAUUCUAGGGCCUCAAGCUAGCCUGAGCACAUGCAGGGUGAGGGUCCUGCUGUCAGAGCCACCUGCAAGCCCAGCCCAGGCCAAAACUCAGCCCAGAGGAUGCCUCCACAGGUCAGGGCCUGGCCAAGUCUGUGCCUGGUCAUGCUGGAACCCAUCUCCUCUUCCCUAUAGAAGGUCCCAGAGGUGUGAGCCAGAGCAGAGACAGAACCAUUUCCUCCAUCCUUGGCUGGCAAAGAGUACCUGCAAAGUUCAUCUGUUCAACAGAGCCCACUGAGCGCCAACUAUGUGUUGGGCACUGUUCCGGGAGAGUCUUCUGCAGGCACAAAGUCCCUGCUAUGACAGGUGCCCAAGGAGAGGGCCCUGUCUGGGGCUAGCUCUAGGCCCAGAGAGGGUGGGGACCCACCAUGGUCACUCAGUAGAGCUGCUCCCACAUUCAGCCUUUUCCUGGCUAUCAGCUUCCUUCUGCCUCAUGGUGACCCACACACAGACCCUUCAGAGGGGCCAUAGCAGGUGCUGGAGGCUAUGGACACAGACACUCCCCCAACUCAGGUUGCAACAUCCCCAUCCCCAUCCAGGGAAGAGUUGUCACAUGGCCACUCGGGAGCCUCUGGG